AUGUUGAGCUCGAUGCCGAACCCCCCCCGGCCCAAAUCGCUCAAGUUCAAGCUCACCGUGCUCUUCCUGGUCAUCUUCACGCUUAUCACCUCCAUGGACGCGGUUAUCGUGGGCUCGUGCCUAGUAGCAAUUGCGGAAGACCUGCAGAGUAGUAUCGUGGAAUCGUUCUGGGUGGGCACCUCGUUCCUGCUGGCUCAGACCAUCACAAUUCCUCCGUACGGUACUACUAGCGAGAUACUCGGCCGCAAGGGACCUAUUCUAAUCGUCACGGCUAUUUUCACCUUCGGCAGUAUCCUCUGA